GAGGAAUUGCUUCAAAUGGUGUUACUCUAGUUUGAAAUGAGCCAGCGAUGGUGGGGAUCGAAGCUUGCCACGGUCAUUGCGUGGAUUUUCGCGAUUUUCUUACAGAGAGAUGGGGGCUUUUUUGCUCGCGGGGAUACGUUAGAGUCAGAUUUGGUCGCUAUGCAAGACUUAAGACGAAGCAUGAACAUAGUGUUGAACUGGUAUAAUGGAGAUCCCUGUGAUUCCGAGUGGCAAGGAGUUGCUUGCGAUGAUAGGAAGACAAGAAUUACUGGAAUAGCACUGAUCAACAUGAGAUUGAGCGGUAGCUUGCCAUCAUCUAUAGGGAAUCUAACGGGCCUCCAGUCCUUGUAA